AAGUUCGUGUGUGCGCUCUGAUUCCGUUUAUUUGAGAGCUGAGCAGCUGGUGAAUGACCAGUGUUGUUAUAGGGCAGCAUGAGACUCUCAUCUUCCUACCAGGGAUGCACACAUUGGACGAAAAAGGCCGUUUGAUGGCUCAUUUCAAGAAAAGUGACAUGUGGAAGACCGAAAUUCCUCUGCUGAUGUUUGUACUAGUGCUGGGCUCACAGGUUACACGUUGCGAGGACCUGGGGUCCAUGGAAGGAGAUACAUUAGCCUUGCAGGAUCAGCAGGGGAAUGUGGGCGACAUAUUCGCAGUUCUGGGAACGACACGUCACCAGAUCCUGACUGCGCAGUUUGAGUGCUACCUGAAGAUAAUCCAUGAUCCGCCGCGAGCAGAUGAAGGUAAUUACUGUAAUCGCACGUGGGAUGGCUGGCUGUGUUGGGGGGAUUCGCCACCAGGGACUGUCGUACAGAUGUGCCCUGAAUACUUCCACGACUUUGACCCUGCUGAGAAAGUGACCAAAGUAUGUAAUCCUGACGGCCAGUGGUUCCACCACCCAGAGAGCAAGAGAGUGUGGUCCAACUACACUCAGUGUCAGAUCUACACCAAAGACAAACUGAAGUUUGCCAUCAGUCUCUACUACCUAGCCAUGGUGGGUCAUGGCCUCUCCAUCGUCUCCCUCAUCAUCUCCCUCAUCAUCUUCUCCUACCUCAAGAGUCUUAGCUGCCAGAGAAUCUCCCUCCACAAGAACACCUUCCUCUCCUUCAUUUUCAACUCAGUUGUUACCAUCAUGUGGCUUUCUCUCACGGUGGCCAACAACCAGGCCAUCAACGCCAGCAAUCCGGUGAGCUGUAAAGUGUUGGCUGUGUUGACUCAGUACACAUUGACCUCCAACUACUUCUGGAUGCUGUGCGAGGGCAUCUACCUUCACACUCUCAUCAUAGUGGCCGUCUUUGUCGGGGAGCAGCAGCUCUUCUGGUACUAUGUCCUGGGAUGGGGCUUUCCUAUCAUUCCUGCCAUCACGUAUGCUGUGGCUCGUGGCUUUUUCUUUAAUGACAAGUGUUGGUUCAGCUCACACACUCACCUGCUCUACAUCAUUCAUGGCCCCAUUCAAGCUGCACUGCUGGUCAACUUGUUCUUUCUGCUGAACAUUUUGCGGGUUCUGAUCACCAAGCUGAAGGAGACUCACUGUGCCGAGUCCACUACUUACAUGAAGGCUGUGAGAGCCACCCUCAUCCUCAUCCCUCUGCUGGGGGUACAGUUCGUCCUAUUCCCUUGGAGGCCCGAGGGACGCAUCAGCCGGGCCAUCUAUGACUUCUUUGUAAAUAUCUUCUGCCAUUUCCAGGGACUCCUGGUGGCAAUUAUAUACUGUUUCUGCAAUGCUGAGGCCCAAACGGCUCUGAAGAGAAAAUGGGCCCAGUGGAAGUCGGCCUGGGAUAAGACGGGCUGGGGCGAGACCCCCUCCACCAACCACAGCCACUUCAGCUACCACAACAAUUCCUCCUUCACAGAGACCAGCCGUGCCACCGUAAGCUUGGAGCAGCCCAAUGCUCACUGGAAGACCGGUGAGAACGCUCCCUUCCUGUCCGAGAGCAGCACGGUGUGCGGCAACAGGGAGGCGGACAUGAUGAACAAGCUGCAGACAACCAACAUUUGAUGCCGAUGACGACCCUUUUUCGUCAGAACAGAGCCCUGGUCUUUCGUAUUUUAAGAGCACUGAAAAAGCCAUCGUAUUUUCAGAGUUUAGGCACUGUAAGACAUACAUAAAUUAUAUUACUGUGUAGUGAUUAUAUAUGUCAUAAUGUUAUACAUAUACCUGUAUGUUGUGCCUGAUGACAUACUGUAAUUCCUCAUAUAGUGUCUUUACUCAACGGCAGGGACUACCAGGUGAAUAUUAGGGGUAAGGCCUUUAUCAGGCAGGAACUUUUCAUUGUACAAAUGUAUUUUUAUAAUAUUACAUAGUACUGUAUAUAUAGUUUUGCCAUUUUCUACAAAUAUAUAAAUAGUUUGAUUACAAUCAUAUACGUAUUACUAUGACAUAACAAGUAUAAUAUUCUAUGUUUAAAUGUGUAGCAGCUUUUACUCUAGAAGCAUUUCUUUUAAGGCCACUGUAAAUUUCAUCUGUAAAGCUGCCAUGUCAAGAUGUGUGCAUUAUGGUAAUUAGUAGCGGUGAAAUGAUUCAUCCACGACAUUGAUUCAUCAGUUUAUAUUCCUAUGAUUCAACUACAUCGAUCUGCGCUUAACAAGUUUCCAUUCCAGAUGACAAAUAUCGAUCUAACAUCAUUUAAAAGGUAAUCCAGCGAUUGAAUCGAUACUACGAAAUGAAGCAUUGGAUUUAAGCAUGGCAGGUUUUCUAUGGAUGCGUGUUUUUUUUUUUUAUUGCACUUUUAAUUAUAAAAAUGUUAAAUGUUACCGAUUCAGUCUGCCUGACAUCAUCACCAUGGGAGUUGUAGUUGGCCUGUGAAAUACAGUUGAUUCGCUUCUU